GCAGGUUUGUGGCCCAUGGCUGCAUCCCAGGCUGAUGCAUCUCAAAACAGGCAGGAGAAAAGGCGGCAGCUGGACUCGCGCCGCAGCAAGUGCCGCAUCCGCCUGGGCAGCCACAUGGAGCAGUGGUGCCUCCUCAAGCAGCAGCUGGGCUUCUCCCUGCACUCCCAGCUGGCCAAGUUCCUGCUGGAUCGGUAUACUUCUUCAGGCUGUGUGCUCUGUGCAGGUCCUGAGCCUUUACCACCGAAGGGUCUGCAGUAUCUGGUGCUGCUGUCUCAUGCUCACAGCCGAAAGUGCAGCCUGGUGCCUGGACUGCGGGAAUCUGGGAGCCAAGAUGGGGACCUUGUAUGGGAGUGCUCAGCUGGCCAUACCUUCUCCUGGGGCCCAUCUUCAGAGCCCUCGUCAUCAGAGGACCCCAAAACGGUUCUUCCAAAUACUGCCCAGAGAAACUUGUGUCUGGAAAAUCAGAAGCCUGCAGGUUUGGAAUCUAAGCUUGAUAAGAGCACUCUGGAGACCAGAUUGCUCAGCGGGGUGGUACUCCCACCAGAGACCUUCCUGCCUUCAGGAAAAGAAAAGAAGGCAAAAGAUGAAGAGGGGAUGAUCAGCGACACGAUGACCCCAUGGACCUCCAGAUCCUCCCCAGAUGACAGUGAUCCAGAAACCCACGGGCAACCCUCUUCCCCUGUUACCCAUGCAUUUAAAGAGACAAGGAUACCUCUAGCCCCAACUGCUCCCCCAUCUCCUCUUGCUGUGCCAUUUUCAUCGGUCUCAUCAUUGAGUUCCGGAGCGCCUUUGCCUGUGGAUGUCAGGGUGCAGGUGGAGCUCAAUAGCACCUCUCAGACUGCCCGGCAUACUGAGCUCCUGGCCAGCCCUGGAAGUCAAGCCCCGUCUACUCUGGCUUCAGCCUGUAAUGAGGACACUGAUGAUGCUGCACAAAUUGGCCCGAAGAGAAUUAGGAAAACUGCCAAAAGAGAGCUGCUGCCUUGUGAUUUCCCUGGCUGUGGAAGGAUCUUUUCCAACCGGCAGUAUUUGAAUCACCACAAGAAGUACCAGCACAUCUACCAAAAGUCCUUCUCCUGCCCAGAGCCAGCCUGUGGGAAGUCCUUUAACUUUAAGAAACACCUGAAGGAACACAUAAAGCUACACAGUGACACCCGGGACUACAUCUGUGAAUUCUGUGCCCGGUCCUUCCGCACCAGCAGCAACUUAGUCAUCCACCGGCGCAUCCACACUGGAGAGAAACCCCUGCAGUGUGAGAUCUGCGGGUUUACCUGCCGCCAGAAGGCCUCCCUGAAUUGGCACCGACGCAAGCACGCAGAGACGGAGGCUGCCCUGCGUUUCCCCUGUGAGUUCUGUGGGAAGCGCUUUGAGAAGCCAGACAGCGUUGCAGCUCACUGCAGCAAAAGUCACACAGCUCUGCUCUUGAGCCUACAAGAGUCACCUAGACCACCGGAGCCCUGCCCCAGCAUCUCUGAUCUGUGACCCUGGGAUCCACUAAGGGGUCGAGACACUCUCCGGCUUUUGGGUCCAGACCCUGCUCCUGAACACCAGUAAGCAAUGAGCAUUUCCUGACUCUGGUUCAGAGAUUAGAUAUUGAAAUGAGCACCAACACGAGAAGUGGGUACCUGGUCCUUGGAAACUAGGGUGACAGGGUAUGGGAUGAGACUGGGGUCUCAAAUAGCCGGACUUCGAAGUCUCCCUA